AUGGUCUCGGGCUUGCGGGCGUGCCGAGACAGGGACACGGUGGCUGACCGCGCGCCCCAUUGCGUCGCAGGCUACGAGGGCCCCGGCUCUGUGCUGGUGUCCCCGGUGCCGCACCAGAUGCUGCCCUACAUGAACGUGGGCACGCUGUCGCGCACCGAGCUGCAGCUCCUUAACCAGCUGCACUGUCGGAGGAAGCGGCGGCACCGAACCAUCUUCACCGACGAGCAGCUUGAAGCGCUGGAGAACCUCUUCCAGGAGACCAAGUACCCGGACGUGGGCACGCGCGAGCAGCUGGCCCGAAAGGUGCACCUCCGCGAGGAGAAAGUGGAGGUCUGGUUUAAAAACCGCCGGGCCAAAUGGAGGAGGCAGAAGCGGUCUUCAUCUGAGGAGUCAGAAAACACGGAGAAGUGGAACAAGACCUCAUCCUCGUCCUCCAAGACGUCGCCCGAGAAGAGGGAAGAGGAAGGUAAAAGCGAUUUGGACUCGGACAGCUGACGGCCCCGGGGCCGCGGCGCUUGGCCAGCUCAAGGACUUGCACAGACAAACGAUGCUACUUUCUUGCACAUGCGCUGCCUUGCGGGAGGGGUCGAGAAAGGAACGGGAACUGUAAAUAGUGUACAGAGCCGGGGUUGCCCGGGCCGAGGCCUCGCUUCCCACCGUAGUAUUUAAAGUUAAGUUAACGGUGACAGUACAAUAAAGUC